AUUUCAGGGAAUUACAAUGCAAUUCAGAGGCUUGAAGAAGUAAUAGAGAUGGCUGAAAGGGAAUCUAGAUUACUCGCCAACGAGAUCAAUCAAUGGCUGAUACAAGAAAGCGGAGGUAUGAUAAAAGAAGAUGAGAAAAUGCAUUUACGAUCCACACGAUCUGUCGACGACUUCGACGAAGGUGCACAAACGGAUGCCGACUUGUUAUCCGAAGUCAGCCGACCAAUUGUCCGCAGAGAUAUCGCUAAAAAUGAGAGACUUCACAAUAAAGGGAAAGGUUCUGUCGCAGUCAAGAAAGAGGACAAAAAAGCGGAGGGGUCUUCUCAUUUGUUGAAGAAGCCGGGUUUGAACAUCAGAAUGGACAAACAUCCAGUAAAGAAGACGUCACAAAAGAAAAAGGUCGAAGACAGAGAGAAAGGCACAAAAGUUUUGACCGCCGCGAAAGCUAAACGAGUUUCAAGGCCACAAGAUAAAAAAGCAAUACAGAAAGUAAGCACUGAUGAAAUAAGUAAAGAAAACCUCGUUAAUGCUUUAAUUGGAGGAGACACCCGUUUGAAUAUCCACAGCGGUAUCCCCGAGAAAGCAUAUAGGGAACUGGUAGAGUAUUUUGCAGGCGGCGAGCAGUCCACGAUUGAAGCGAGCAGCAAGAAAUCUGAAAUCGCACAUCCUGAGGGAGAUCAGAAGCAAACCGGCCCGAAAAAGAUGGUUCGUAGAAAGCUAACGAAAAAGCACAAACGUAUUCUUGCGAUACUGGCGAAGAUGGACCCAAAUGUUUUACGUAAAUACUUCCAUUUAAAAGGUUUUGAUAAAUAUUGGAAACUCAUGCAAAGCAUCAGGAAAAGCCAUUCUGUGAAACAGAAUCUUGGGAAGAAACAAAAGGGUGAUGACGAUAAGAAGGUUACAAAAAAGGUGAAAGACGCGUUGCCAGAGAAAUCCAAAAGUUCGCCACGUCUUGUGCACUUAGCAAAACCAAUGCAGUUUCACAAACUGGCCAAACAACAACACACCAACAAAGUUAUUCCUCAGCAAAAAAAAGUCAAAUAUAAUCCAUCCAAGGGAACAAACAAAGAUGCAACGACAAAAAAUGUAGGUAAAAAGAAGACUGCAAAUAAAGUAACGAAAAACGAGACAGCUAAGAAAUUGGUAAAGGAUAGAGCGAAGGAGAAUCUACAAAAACAAGUGGUUGUCCAGGGCUCUUCAAGUCUCAAAGGACGCAAAAGUGAAGAGCACACUCAGAAGCUGGUCACAAUGAAAGACAAGGCAGCUAACAUUGAAAAUAAACACGGUCAUAAAGCUGUAGUGGAACACAAGACCAGGAAAAUUGUGAAAUCCCAUCAUGAUCAGGGAAAAGACUUACCAAAGAAAGUAAAAAGCGAAGUAAACUCUAAGGUGGGAGGAAAAGGCAAAAACAGCCACGUUGUUAAGGACGGUGCCCCUGCUUCCAUCGUACCCCAUGUAAAAGAUGCUAACACUCAAAAUAAAGCUCCAACUGGAGGGAAACCAAAAUCUUCUCAGGUCCAAGUGAGGCCUAAACAAGAAGACGAGACUAAGGUUGGUUUUAAACUCACAGAUCUCAAGCAAACCGUCCUUGCCAAGACCACAAAGGAUAAGCCUAAACAUGGGAAAGAUUUGCCUAAGCACGCUACUGAGGUAAUGAAGGUAACCCCUAAUAAAAUGAAGGAUUCUGGUAAACAGUCCACCAUGAAAUCCCUUGAAAAACAUAAGGAACUUCUGGGUAAAGAUCAAAGUAUACAUCACUCAGAAAAAUCGAAAACCGAACCUCAGAAACAUAAAGAAACACUGGAGGAGCAAUUGAAAGCAAUGUCCCCGAAAGGUUCGAAACCAAGUAAGGUUUUAAGCGAUAGAAACAAUUCAUUAGCUGAACAUGGAAAGAAUCCUUCACAAAUCCCAAAAGCAGUCUCGGUCAAUGAGCAACACGACGUCAAAACGACGCAAGUUGAAAAGAAGCCAGAGAGUAAGGAUGACAAAAGUUCCUCAGUUAAACAACCAGUCUCUGGAGCUUCCAAGAUCGACAUUUUGAAAGAAAAGAUCAUAAAAACUAACAAUUUAAAAUUCAAAGUGGCUCAAGCACUCCUUGCGCAUUGCGAAACUCAGAACAGGCUUCGACAGGUGUUUGAUGACGUAAAUAACUCCCUUAAAAAAGCAGCUAGCCUUGCAAAAGCUAUAGGAGCAAAGUUCGGAAUCAAAGCACGUGAUAUAGAGAGGAUGACAUCUGAGCACACUGAAGGAGCGGUAGAACAGUUUUUAAACCAGUUAUUUUAGAUAUAUAGUCAGUAUGCUUACAGUUUGCAAAUCAUGAAAAAGUUUUCCGUUUGUCGUAAUUAGCCUCUAAACCAAUGACAUAAGCAAUAUGUUAAACCACCCGUGUCGCCCAGGCUCUUUAUUUGAAGGAGGAUCAGAGGCAAUCUCGCCCUCACCUUUUAACAGCGGACAAUGACAGCUGUUUUUCUCUCGCGUUUGAAAUUGUCUUUUUGACUAGUAUUCUGUAAGGCCGGCUAAAUCUGAGACAGGUUCCUGUCACAAAUGGCUUCCAGGUUAUAGCCUUAAAAUUGUCAUCAGCAAGUGUUAUCAAUUCCAAGUUACCCAGAUACUACUUACAUUCUCACGAUUGCUAUUCUUUGUCAAGUUCCGGAGGAGUUUUUUUUUUAUUCCUACAUAAUAUUGCUGUGAAGCAAAUACGAUUUUGAAGCGAUGCAAAACCAUUGUUAAUGAGUGGCUUUUUGCGCCCUAUGUUUUGCAUGACUUUUGUCCAAAAACUGAAUCAAAACGGGCCAGUCAGAGAACUGAGUAUCUACCCUGAUUAGUUCUAGUGAAUUUUGCUUGAAUUAAGCCUAUUGUGUUUAACUUACUUGUAUCAAUUUGCAUCAAUAAAAUCCAAUAAAAUACAAAUAAUUUAAUUAAUAUAAACAAAUGCCGCAGACCAUCAAUAAUCAGUGCAAGCAACAAUAAAUGUUUGUUCUAUUCUUGACUUCACCAAUAAAAUCUUGUUUGUCUCAAGGUGUGCAAUUUCCAAGCAUUUUAUGCGGAUUGUACUUUUACUUUUCAAUGUUACUUUGAGAAUUUGAUUAUACGCCCAAGAUACAUUUCCUGUGGUUGAAAAGGUUUUCGUUUUCGUUUUCGGACAACUGUAGGAAACAAUUAUUAAAAGACCGAAAAAUAUCUAUAGGGGCUUUUAAAGGAAGAAGAUAUCCGUCGUUUACUGCAUUUUGGAAGGUUUUCCCCGCCAACUCCGGCCCUUGGUCGUAUCACGUGAUCACCUAACUUUUGGCUUAAAAAUUCUUCAUGAAACUGAACUGAAUCGUUGGUUGCCAGGUAUGAUAUAAGUUUUCGACCACAACAGCUGAUGGUAGAUAACGUUUCCAAUUUGUUUUUCAGCAAAAUGGCAGUAAAGAGUGUUGCAUAUCCUCGCGCAAUGUUUGUCUAUACGUUUUUUCACUGUCUAGUACACUUGGGUAUUUGAUCUCUGUACUUCAAUGCCUUUCUUUACAUAGGGAGGCUGAACUAUGUUCAUUUGGUAUCAGUUAUAAACGGCUUAAUUUGGACUAAACAUGGUAUGCACCUCCUAGGGCCGUCCAAAUGAUACGUUUCAUUGGCCUUAUCAAACAAGAGUCUGGUUUACUCUUUUUGCUGGUUGUCAAAUAUUUAUACCUGUCGAUGUCACAUUACAUGUGAAUAUGUGAAUGAGUAGCUUAUUCCUUGACAUGUUUAUCCACUCGACUGGAUGGUUUACAUUUGAGUUAAGAUAACAUUGGUGUUUUUAGAGAUUGAAAGAAACAUUCCUUCUCCGCCUGCAAUGCGCCAAAGCUGUCUGCUUCGUACCGCAGUGUACAACACGUGGUAGACCUGUUAGUGUUUGUACCCGGUUGUCGUCCAGCUAUGUUUAUGCUCCUCAUCCUUAUUAUUCUCUCUGUAGAACUUCAUAUUCAAGGUAUAAGUUAAAUUUAUUUGUUUAUUCGUGGCUUUAUCCAAGUGUAAUGGUAACUGCAGAGUUAAUUAAACUUGUUUUUGAGAUUUACAACUAUUUGACAUUAGAACCGUCGUUGUUUUGAUAAUCAGUGUGUUUGGUACCCGGCGUACCUGCCCAUUGUGACAUGAAGACACUAUUGUGAUGCCUUAAUCUAAUGGAUUUAUGUAGUCUGGAUAUUCAUGUUUAAAAUGCAUUGAACUUACGCUCAUUGCACUCGCCUUGUUUAGUAUAGUAGGACAAUUUAAUCCGCGUCUAAUCCCUGAUCCUCGCUGGAUUUCUCGCUAAAUAGAAAUUUUUGACCAGCUGUUGUUUCUUAUUUGUUUUGGGGAAGUCAGACUCCUUGUUAGCCAAUGAGAAUGAUAGAUACCUGCUACUGUUUUCUGUUGCUCUGAAGUGAUGGAUCUUGUAAAAAAAAAUGUUUCUUCUGUGAUAUGCUUCUCUUUUCUCUCUUAGCAUCAGCACAACUACGAAAAUCAAGAGACAUUUUGGAGUUUUUCAAAAAAGCUGGAGAAAAUGCCAUAAAAGCUAUAUCUGGUUUAAUUCCUGGAGGGAAACCCACAUCUCAGAUGAAUACCCAACCAAGGGGUCCGAGGAUACCUCUGAACACAAUCAACGAGGACUCCAUCAAACCAGUUAUACCCUACAAACGAAACAGCAUA